GUCCCAUUUUUGUCGCUCUCUCUUCUUCAUCUUCUCUUUUAACUCUUCUUUCCUUUUUCUUCUUUCUUUUUUCCAUUCCUUUUAAGCUUUCUUACAAAACCAAAGGCGAAAACUUUGCAUAUAAUCACAUUUCCUUUAAAACCAAAGCCCUCUCCAUUCAUUUCUUCUCAAAAAACUUCUUCUUUUGGGUUUUUAGGGGGGGGGGGUUCAGCUUCUUUGUUGCUUUUGUUUGAAGUUUAAAACAAAACAGAAAGAAUAUUAUUAUUUUUUUUGUUUUAAAAAAAGAAAUAGGCUUUUUUGCUAUAUAAAGGAAAGUUUCUUUUAUGUCCCUUUGAUUUUGGUGCUGGGUUCUCUGAACCUGUCAAAUUAUUGACAGCAGAGUGAUUAAAUUGGAAUGCCAAAUACUUGAGCUUGAAGUUAUUAGUGUAUGUCUUUUGGCUCUGCUUUGAUUGCUUUAAGGCAUUCAUUUUGUUUUCCACUAAUUGCACCAUUAUAAGCUGAAGACGGUAUGAAAUUCGUUAGAAACUUCAAAGAUCUGAAGGCGGUUCCUUUUUAAUGGCUUCUUCUGGUUUAAGGCAAUGAGAAUUGAAGCUUGGAAUUACAAGGUUGUAGUUCAAGUGUUUCGAAAUAACCAGUAAAUGCAUUGAUGAAAGUUUAGCAAUUCACUUGGAUGCAAUGUUGAAAGCGGUAGCUCCCGGAUUGUUGAUUUCUUCGCUUCUAAUCGCAGUAUCGAGGGCCGAUAAUGGCUUUGCAAGGUGUAAUUGUGAUGAUGAGGGGGGGGUUUGGAGCAUUGAGAGCAUAUUAGAGACUCAAAGAGCGAGUGAUUUCUUGAUCGCCGUCGCCUACUUUUCAAUCCCUAUUGAGUUGCUUUACUUUGUUAGUUGCUCAAACGUGCCGUUCAAAUGGGUGCUCUUUCAGUUCAUCGCCUUCAUUGUGCUGUGCGGAUUGACUCAUUUGCUCAAUGGGUGGAGUUAUGGUCCUCAUCCAUUUCAACUCAUGUUGGCUCUCACCGUGUUCAAGAUUCUCACUGCUUUGGUCUCGUGUGCCACUGCUAUUUCACUUCUCACACUCAUUCCGCUACUUCUCAAAGUCAAGGUGAGAGAAUUAUUGUUGAAGAAAAAGGCUUGGGACCUUGGGAAGGAAGUUGGUAUUAUAAUGAAACAGAAGGAGACCGGUUUGCAUGUCCGCAUGCUUACCCAAGAAAUCCGUAAAUCGUUGGAUAGACAUAACAUUUUGCACACAACAUUGGUAGAGUUGUCCAAGACGUUAGGUUUGCAAAACUGUGCCGUUUGGAUGCCUAAUGAGAUCAAGACGGAGAUGAAUCUGACUCAUGACCUCAAAGGAAGGAACUAUUCGUAUAAUUUUACUAUUCCCAUUACGGAACCAGAUGUUGCAAGGAUUAAAAGAAGUGAUGGAGUGCAUAUCCUCAAGCCAGACUCGACGCUUGCUACUGCAAGCAAUGCAGAGGAUGGUGAGCCAGGACCUGUUGCUGCAAUUCGGUUGCCAAUGCUUCGAAUUUGCAAUUUUAAAGGGGGAACUCCUGAGCAAGUCCAGACAUACUUUUCCAUAUUGGUAUGUGUUCUUCCGAAUGACCAACGAAGAUCGUGGAGCAACCAGGAACUAGAAAUAGUUAAGGUGGUUGCCGAUCAGGUGGCCGUUGCAAUCUCUCAUGCCGCAGUUCUCGAAGAAUCUCAACUCAUGAGGGAUAAACUAGCCGAGCAAAAUCGGGCGUUGCAGCUUUCAAGACAGAAUGCUAUGAGAGCAAGCCAGGCUAGAAAUGCAUUUCAAAAGGUAAUGAGUGAUGGAAUGAGGAGGCCUAUGCAUUCAAUUUUAGGCUUGCUUUCAAUGUUGCAGGAUGGAAAUUUGAAUGACGAUCAACGAAUUAUUGUCGAUUCGAUGAUGAAGACCAGCACUGUCCUGUCAACCUUGAUAAAUGAUGCGAUGGAUAUUUCAAUAAUGGAUACUGCAAGAUCCCCUCUGGAGAAGAGGUCCUUUCGACUACAUUCAAUGAUAAAAGAAGCAGCUUGCCUUGCUAAGUGCUUGAGUGUUUAUCAGGGUUUUGGAUUUUCAAUUGAGGUUGAGAAGUCUUUGCCUGAUCUCAUUUUCGGUGAUGAACGGAGAGUUUUUCAGGUAAUACUGCAUAUGGUUGGGAGCCUAUUGGAUGGCAAUACUGGAGGAGGGACUGUAAUACUUCGGGUGUACGCAGAAAAUGGUAGUCAGGAACCGAAUGAUCAGAGACGGGCAACAUGGAGGCACUACCCUUCUGAUGCAGAUCUACUUGUCAGGUUCGAAAUUAUGAUUUCCAAUAAUAUUUCUCAACAAGAGGACUGCUCAUUGUCAGAGGUAUCAAGCAGUAGAAGCCGAUACAACAGCCGUGGAGCUGAGGAACGCCUGAGCUUCAACAUUUGCGAAAAGCUAGUGCAGAUGAUGCAUGGGAACAUGUGGGUAAUCCAAAACCCUUUAGGUUCUGCACAAAGCAUGGCAGUUGUUAUUCGGUUUCAAAUCCGACCAUCCAUCACUACAACAAUCACCGAGUCGGGAGAAUCUUCGGACCAGCCACGCUCAAACUCUAUUUUUCACGGCUUGCAUGUUCUACUUGCUGAUGACGAUACUGUCAAUCGUGCUGUGACUGGAAAGCUUCUUGAGAAGUUGGGAUGCAUUGUUUCUGUUGUGUCAUCCGGAUUUGAAUGCCUAAGUGCUAUCGGGUCAACAACAUCUCCAUUCCAGAUCGUUAUUUUGGAGCUUCAAAUGCCCGAGUUGGAUGGAUUUGAAGUUGCAACAAGAAUCUGUAAGUUCCGAAGCCGUAGCCGGCCAUUGAUUAUUGCCAUGACUGCUAGUAUUGAUCAAGAUAUUUGGGAAAGAUGUUCACAGAUUGGAAUGAAUGGAGUUAUUCAAAAACCAGUGCUGUUACACGAAAUUGCCGCCGAGCUUCAUAAAGUCGUGAUUCAGGCCAACAGUCUUUUGACAAUACACGCUCUCAACACUCACAUUCAAACCGGUAUAUAAAGUCCGUUCCUUAACCUAUUUCUCUCGCUUAAUGUUUCUCGAGUUCUCAACGGAAUUUCAUUUGCAUAGAUUGUUUUCGAUCCAAUCAAAAUAGUUUCGCUAGAAUUCUCUUCAACACAUCAUUCUAAAGCUCGGAAUCCCGAGCUCUCUAUUAUAGAUGCAAGUAGGGAAAUUGUAAGGCUGUUCUUUGCCUCCCUUGGAAAAUAAAUUGUUAAUCCGGUGUAGACGAAAA